AUGUUUGGGACAUUUUUGGCUCUGAAGCUUAAAGCUAUUGGGAUUUUCCUCUCUGCAUCAAGACAUGAUCAGUACCUGACGGAGUUUCUGGCGGAUGGAGGUGUCCUCACUCUGCUCGACAUCUUGAGCCAAAAUCAGAGCAAAGAGAUGGACAAGGCAGAGGCCCUCCGUCUGCUGCUCACCAUCUCAAAUGCUGGGCGCAAGUACAAAGAGGUUAUCUGUGAAAGCCAUGGUGUGAAAUCCAUAGCAGAGUGCCUGGCAAAGUCAGACAGAGAUGAAACCCAAGAGACAGCAUGUGCCUUGUUGGAGUCACUGUCACAAGGAAACCCAAAAUAUCAAAACCAAAUCUACAAAUGUCUGAUUGCUCUCAUGACUUUGGCCUCCCUGAAGGCCCAGCAGCUGGUCCUGCACACCUUACACUCAGUUCAAAUGAAAUUGAAAACAGCCCAUCACAGCAUCGUAGAGCAGCUACUGAAUAUGCUCGGGUCCCUGCAACUGGAGGUUCAGAAUGAAG